CUUUUGUAAGGCACAUGUAACACUUGGCUAGGAGUUUUUUUUUGUGACGAAUCAUUUUCAUAAGUAUGAACCUUCAGGAAGGAUUUAUUGCUGCGUUCUCUGUACUUACAUCGCUUUUCAUUGUGAUUAUAGUAGUUUGUUUAGGUUGGUACUUGGUGUGGAAGUUGUUCCUAUCGCGCUUCAAAUUAGUUCGUGAAUUACUCGGAUUAGCUCAAUCUACUGAUUUACCAUCCCAUCCAUCAAACGGCUCAUCUGUCGAAAGUAACAAAUUGCGUAGCAGUCGAAGACCACGUAGAGAUUAG